UCCAUCAUAUCCAUCUACAGUGCUAAAGCACUAAAAAAAUCUCCUAUACUCUUUAUCUCCUCUACCUAUUCUCUCUUCUUUUUAUUUUUCAGAAUUAGGGUUCCUAGAAAGAUCAUAAAAAUUCCAUCUUUUUGUGUCUCAGAGAAUCUCCUCUCAAGAUCUUCCAUUUACUUCCUAUCAAUAUCAUGUUGGGUUGGAGGAUUCAGACGUUGGUGUGCUUUUCUGUUUGAUAAAAGAAGAAUUUAAACAAUAAGUCAAGAUGUUUCAGAGGUUAGGGACGAUUGGAGAUGCAGAUUGCUACUGAUUCUUGUGGGUUUGAAAGGACUCAAAAUCUGAAGCUCUGAAAAGGGUGUACUCAAGAAGAAGAGAGACGAAUCUUUCUUGAAGCUAAAGAGGAUACAGUCAAAAGGGUAUUAAAUUAUCAUCGUUAGGGGCUCAAAAUCAAGAACAUUCUUUUUGUUUAUCGACUUGAAAGUUUGGGGUUUUCUUGUUUACAACAUGGGAAUGUGCCGAUUUUAGUGGGUUUUAAUUUCUUUUUGGCCAAUCGAAAGAGGUAAAAAGAUAAUCUUUUUGGAGCAAAUGAUGAUGGCGAUGUCAUUGAAGGAUGAUAAGGGUGGACUACUCGAUAAUGGCAAGUAUGUUCGUUAUACACCUGAGCAGGUUGAAGCUCUCGAGAGGCUUUAUCAUGAAUGCCCAAAACCCAGUUCCAUUCGUCGUCAACAACUCAUUCGUGAAUGCCCUAUUCUCUCUAACAUCGAGCCAAAACAGAUCAAAGUUUGGUUCCAGAACCGAAGAUGCAGAGAAAAACAGAGAAGAGAGUCUUCACGUCUUCAAGGUGUGAAUCGAAAACUGACAGCGAUGAACAAACUCCUGAUGGAAGAGAAUGAUCGAUUGCAGAAACAAGUGUCACAUUUGGUGUAUGAAAAUGGCUAUUUUCGCCAGCAUACGCAGAAUACGGCACUUGCUACAAAAGAUACGAGUUGUGAGUCGGUGGUAACGAGUCAUUUGACUCAGAAUCCACCACAGGAUGCUAGUCCUGCUGGACUUUUGUCCAUCGCAGAAGAAACUUUAGCAGAGUUUCUUUCGAAGGCUACUGGAACUGCUGUUGAGUGGGUCCAAAUGCCUGGAAUGAAGCCUGGUCCGGAUUCCAUUGGAAUCGUUGCUAUUUCUCAUGGUUGCACUGGUGUGGCAGCUCGAGCCUGCGGCCUGGUCGGUCUUGAGCCUACAAGGGUUGCUGAAAUCCUCAAGGAUCGCCCUUCGUGGUUUCGUGAUUGCCGAGCUGUGGAUGUCGUCAACUUGUUACCCACUGCCAAUGGUGGAACCAUUGAGCUUUUGUACAUGCAGCUUUAUGCUCCGACAACAUUAGCUACUGCUCGUGAUUUCUGGUUGCUGCGUUACACCUCUGCUACAGAAGACGGCAGUCUAGUGGUUUGUGAAAGAUCACUAACCAACACUCAAAAUGGUCCGAGCAUGCCGUCGGUGCAGAACUUUGUUCGAGCCGAAAUGCUGCCUAGUGGCUACCUUAUUCGACCUUGUGAAGGAGGUGGUUCUAUCAUUCACAUUGUCGAUCAUAUGAACUUAGAGGCAUGGAGCGUACCUGAAGUGUUGCGCCCGUUGUAUGAAUCAUCAACUGUCCUCGCUCAAAAAACAACAAUGAUGGCGUUACGCCAACUGAGACAGAUCGCUCAAGAAGCUUCCCAGUCCAGUACCCCUAAUUGGGGCCGAAGACCUGCAGCAUUAAGAGCACUUAGUCAGAGGUUAAGCAGGGGUUUCAAUGAGGCUCUGAAUGGGUUUAGUGAUGAAGGUUGGUCGUUGAUGGGUAAUGAUGGGAUGGAUGACGUUACUAUUCUUGUGAACUCUUCUCCCGAAAAACUUAUGGGAUUAAAUCUUUCGUUCACGAAUGGAUACACACCCGUUAGUAAUGCUGUAUUAUGCGCAAAAGCAUCGAUGCUUCUCCAGAAUGUUCCCCCGGCCCUUCUCCUUAGGUUCUUAAGGGAGCACCGGUCUGAAUGGGCAGAUAACAAUAUCGAUGCUUACUCAGCUGCAGCGGUGAAACUUGGACCAUGUAGUCUACCAGGGUCGCGAAUCGGUAAUUUUGGUGGUCAAGUUAUUCUUCCACUUGCUCACACAAUCGAGCACGAAGAGUUAUUGGAGGUUAUUAAAUUGGAGGGUGUCGAGCAUUGUCCUGAAGACUCGUUGAUGCCGAGAGACAUGUUUCUUCUGCAACUAUGCAGCGGAAUGGAUGAGAAUGCCGUUGGCAUGUGUGCCGAACUUAUAUUUGCUCCCAUCGAUUCUUCUUUUGCCGAUGAUGCACCUCUUUUGCCUUCGGGUUUUCGCAUCAUUCCCCUCGAUUCUGGCAAGGAGACAUCAAGUCCAAAUCGCACUCUCGAUCUUGCUUCUGCGCUUGAAAUUGGAGGUUCGGGAAAUAAGGUAUCUGGUGAUCCUAAUACUGCUAGUAACACUGCAAGAUCGGUGAUGACAAUAGCAUUUGAGUUUGCAUUCGAGACCCACAUGCAAGAAAGUGUAGCGGCCAUGGCUCGUCAGUACAUUAGAACCAUCAUCUCAUCUGUUCAGAGGGUUGCAUCGGCACUGUCUCCAUCUAACCUGAAUCCUAACGGAGGUCUGCAGGCACCAAUGGGCACUCCUGAAGCACAUACUCUAGCUCGAUGGAUCUGCCACAGUUACAGGUGCUAUUUGGGUGUGGAGCUUCUUAAAGCUGGCUGCCAUGGAAAUGAAUCCGUCCUUAAGUCUUUGUGGCACCAUUCAGAUGCAAUCUUGUGCUGCUCACUCAAGGCAUUGCCGGUUUUCACUUUUGCAAACCAGGCUGGUCUUGAUAUGCUCGAGACCACCCUAGUCGCGCUUCAAGAAAUCACUUUGGAGAAGAUCCUCGAUGAACAUGGAAGAAAAAGUCUUUGCUCUGAGUUCCCUCAGAUCAUGCAACAGGGUUUUGCGUGUCUUCAAGGGGGGAUAUGUUUAUCGAGCAUGGGGAGACCAGUUUCGUAUGAGAGAGCAGUGGCAUGGAAGGUGCUGAAUGAAGAAGAAAAUGCUCACUGCAUCUGCUUUAUGUUUAUCAACUGGUCCUUUGUUUAAAUAGGGUUUUAGCUUGUGGCAUCUUCAACAAGUACUGCUUACAACACUCUUGGAUUCAGUCCAGCUUUUGUGUUUUUGGUUUGUUAAAUGUUGAUCCUUGUGAAGUUGGAAGUUUAUGAUUAUUCAAACUUAUUUACCUACUACUGUUUCUUUGAA